AUGGCUUCUCUUCGCUCCUUGUUCGUCCUCGCUCUGAUCCUCGUCUCCCUUCCCGCACUCUACGCCGCGUCCGCGCCACUGCGGGGCGAUGUCGCUGCUGGGGGAAGCGCUGGCGAGGACGCGGCGAGUUGGGGCCGCAUGCUGCUGGAAGCGAGCGGCGGUGACGUGGACGUGGGUGUCGAGGAGGAGGAGGUGGGGGAGGCGACGGACGGGCUGGACGAGGCGGUGCGGGUGCUGCUGAGCUGGAAGAAGAUCAAGAACGGGAUCAAGAACGCGGCGGGCAAGGCGGGAGGGCUGGCGAAGAAGGUGGUGCAGAAGGGCGGCGUUGAAGCGCUCAAGGCGGCGGCCAAGGGGUACAGCAACGGCGGCAUGAAGGGCGCGCUCAAGGCCGGCGGUACCUCGUUUGCUAGCACAGCAAAAACCAUGGCGGCCAUCAGCUCUCUGCAUGCUCUUCACACCAUCGCUGCCAGCUUAAUUCCUACCGCCACCUCUCUGCUCCCUCCGCCUGACGGACCAGAGGUCAGCGGAGCAGCGGCAGCAGCGGCGGGAGCAGCAAGGGCAGCAGCAGGAGGAGGAGCAACAGCAGGAGCAGCAGAAAGGCAAGUUGCAGCAGGGGAGGCACGGGCGGUGGUGAACGCUCACACGGUGGAUGUGCUGCUGUCGUGCCUGCACAGCACUGCAAGCCAGAACACUUGGGUGCUUUCCUGUGAAUGGCAACCUCCUCUUCGAUACUCCCCCCUCCUCUCCCCCCUCUUCUCGCCUCUCUUCUCCCCCCUCUUCUCCCCCCUCUUCUCCCCCCUCUUCUCCCCUCUCUUCUCCCCCCUCUUCUCCCCCCUCUUCUCCCCCCUCUUCUCCCCUCUCUUCUCCCCCCUCUUCUCCCCCCUCUUCUCCCCCCUCUUCUCCCCUCUCUUCCCCCCCCUCUUCUCCCCCCUCUUCUCCCCCCUCUUCUCCCCUCUCUUCUCCCCCCUCUUCUCCCCCCUCUUCUCCCCCCUCCUCUCCCCCCUCCUCUCCCCCCUCCUCUCCCCCCUCCUCUCCCCCCUCCUCUCCCCCCUCCUUUCCCCCAUCCUCUCCCCCCUCCUCUCCCCCCUCCUCUCCCCCCUCCUCUCCCCCCUCCUCUCCCCCCUCCUCUCCGCCUUCCUCUCCCCCCUCCUGCCCCACUCUCUUCUCCUGCCCUUCUCGCUGCACGCCCACACCUGCUGCUCUCCGUCGUUGACUGCUGGGCCCUCCCCUCGGGGUGUGAAGGCAAACCAUCUCCUCCUCCAUACCCUUCCUCUCCGCCCUCUUCCCCUGCCCUCCUCGCAGCAUGCACACUUCACAGUGCUGCGCCUGCUGCUCUCGUCGCUGCACAUGCUGCUCAGCUGGAUUGACGACUGGGUGCUCAAGGGGAAGCGCCAUCCUGCUUUGAAACAGGAGUUUCUUUCCAAGCAUGAGCUUCGGCCGAUCCCUGCCAGCCCCGUGCCAUCUCCUCGCACCACUGCAGCCUCUUCCCCACCCACUACUCCCACCACCACCACCACUGUCCCCACUACCCCCAUUACCGCUGCUACCACCACCACCACUGCCACUACAAGCACCACUAUCACCACUGCCCCCACUGCCCCCACGGCCCCCAUGAGUACCACAGAGGGCUGGCCCAGCAUACCCACCACCCCCGGCACUGCCCCUGCCACCCCCCUGCACCCCCACUGGCCGGCGUUUCUUGUCCCGGUGCUGGCAGACAUACAGGCCGCAGAGCAGGGCGUGGUGUUCCUGAAGCACAUGCAGGCGCGGGGGCGGACGCAGGGCGCGGAGCAGGGGAGUAGGGGAGCAUCGCUGUCAGCUGCGUCUGAGACAGGAUCAGAAGAGAAAUACUCGGUGGAGGAAGGACUUUUUGAAGAAGAGUACUUGGAGCAAGGGCAUUCGGUGGAGAAGGAGGAAGAGACAAGGUGGUGGGAUGAGGUGCAUGAAAGAGGUGUGGCAAGGGGAUCCGCAGCAGCAGAUGCUGGGGCGGCAGGAUGGGGAGGAGAGGGAGGUGGCGGGGCGGGAGGAGGGUACGAGGCGUCUUACUGGCUGUGGAGGGGCGGUGUGGAUGACACAGCAGACUGGAUGGAGCUGUUGGAGGAGCAAGUGAGGCUGGGACAAUUGAGAGGGGGAGAGAGUAGGGGAGGGGAGGAGGAGGAGGAGGAGGAGGAGGAGGAGGAGGAGGAGGAGGAGGAGGAGGAGGAGGAGGAGGAGGAGGAGGAGGAGGAGGAGGAGGAGGAGAGAAGGGAGGAGGAGCAGCAGCAGGAGGAAGGGGAGGAAUGGUUGGAAGGGAACAAGGCAGUAACUGCACACGAGGCUCAGCUCCGCCUCAUGCUCUGGCUCAAGUCCUCUUGUGACGCUUCAGAGGAGUGUGGUGGUGGUGGCGGUGGUGGUGGGAAAAGAGAGGCGGCCUGUGGUACGGAUAGAGUUUUGGAUGAUCCGACUCGCCUGCUGCAGCAAUGGAUACAUCCUCCCAUUCAAGCGUGGGUGGCAGCAGACACGGUGCACUGUUCUCAAGAUGCACUGUUCCCCUCGCCCAUUUCCCACCCUUGCCCCCAUCACCGUCCCCACAUUCUCAUCCCACCCUACUGCAGGCGACAUUUGGUGGCAGCAGACGCAGCCGUGCUGGUGGCAGCAGACACGGUGAGAUGCCUCAAGAUGCACUGCGGCAUCAUGGGGACGCUUGAGGCCUUGAGGGACCUCUUCUUCAUCGGUGGAGUAUCGGUGGCGCCUGUGUUCCUGGGGGAGCUGUGGAAGCAGAUGCGCACCAACGUGCUGCUGCCGGCACACACCACCGAAUCCCUGCAGCAACUCAUGGAUCAACGUGCUGCUGGCACACAGCAGCGAGUCACUGCAGCAACUCAUGGACGUGAGUGGCGUGAUGAGGAGUGGCAGGCAGGUAGACAAGCCAUCAUGCACAUGGAUGGUGUAUACGUGGACCACCUGCCACACCAUCAAAUUCCUUUCUUCCUUACACCACUUCCGUUGCCGCGCCUUCUGCCGCGCCUUCUGCCGCGCUUUCUGCCUAUGCCAAGCCGUUCGGCUCCCAACCUACUAGCACGGCCGAACCUGCAACUCCCGCCAGGUUCACUGCCCAUGCCGGACCUGUACCCCACGCCCUACCCCCAGCCUCGGUGUCAUCCAAACCUUUCGCCGGACCUACUGGACCCUUUUUGCUUGCCGGACCUAUGGGUCGUGCCGGGGCUGGUGGCGCGUCAGGUGUCAAGGCCUCAACAACCAUGCCCAGGCCUGGAGCUGGAGUGGCCUCUAGACUUCCUCAUGCGCCCUGCAGCAUGCGCCAAGUACAACCAGGCCCCUCGCGGCCCCUUCGCGGCCCCGUCGCCGCCCCUUCGCGGCCCCGUCGCCGCCCCUAGCGGCCCGUCGCCGCCCUUCCAGGCCCCUCGCGGCCCCUUCGCGGCCCCGUCGCCGCCCCUACUGGCCCCGUCGCCACCUCCAGCGGCCUCGUCGCCGCCCCUUCGCGGCCCCGUCGCCGCCCCUAGCGGCCCGUUGCCGCCCUUCCAUGCCUCGCGGCCCCUUCGCAGCCCCGUCGCCGCCCCAAUCGGCCCCGUCGCCGCCUCCAGCGGCCCCGUCGCCGCCCCUAGCGGUCCCGUCGCCGCCCCUAGCGGCCCCGUCGCCGCCCUUCGCGGCCACGUCGCCGCCCUUCGCGGCCCCGUCGCCGCCCCUAGCGGCCCCGUCGCCGCUCUUCGCGGCCCCGUCGCCGCCUCUAGCGGCCCCGUCGGCGCCUCUACCGGCCCCGCCCCGGCCAUGCUAGGUCGCCUGGCGCGGCGCACCGGGGACCCGUGCACCCCCCCCCCCCCCCUCUUUUCCCGUCGCCCGCCGCGGCUCCCUGGGGGGCCGACCGGGGGGGGGGGGGGCGAGCGUCGCCCCCUCUGCCGCCUGCUUUGGCGCCCUGGGAGGCCGCGCCUCUUCUCUUUCUUCUCCAAGCUCUCUCUCGCCAAGACGGCUCUCACCGCCACCAAAUCACGCAUGCUGCAGGAGCGGCGGUGCUUCCGUGUCAUGCCCAUGGCGGCGCAGAGGGAGCUGCUGAUGGUGCAGCAGAUGCAGCACGCCCUGCACGCCAUCCACUCCUUCCUCAUGGCCAAUGUGCGUGGACAUCGCAUCACACUCUCUUCCCCCUCAUCACAUUCUCUUCCCCUCCUUUCAUCACACUCCCGUCCCCCUUUCCUCCCUGGCGGUGACAGCAGCAUGGCACGAGCUACAGGCGGCCAUGGGCAGAGCAGCAGCCGGGGUUGGGCAGUGACAGCAGCAUGGCACGAGCUACAGGCGGCCAUGGGCAGAGCAGCAUCCGUGGCAGCAGUGGUGCAUGCACACCACCACUACCUGCACUCCAUCCUUGAGGGAUGCUUCCUCAUUAACUCCACCAACAUGGUCAGGCAGGGCCAUCACGGGCCCGAUAGGUUCUCUGUCCAGCAAGGCCCUUCUCUUCUGCGCACCGUCCUUCCCCUCCCACCACCCCACCUGUAUGCACGUCGUUCCCCCUCCUACCACCCACCCCACCCCAACCACUCACCAGGGCAAGGCCAUCACGGGCCUGACAGUCUCUCUGUCCUGCAAGACGCUUCUCUUCUGCGCACUCUACCACUCCCCUCCCAUCCGAACAUCUUCCUUCCCCCUCCCCACCCACUAUGCCCCUCACAUCAGGGCAAGGCCAUCACGGGCCUGAUAGUUUCUCUCUCCAGUAAGACCCUUCUCUUGUGCGCGCUUUACCACUCCCGCCGCUCACUGCAGCGCCCACACUCCAUGCCAUCACCCACCCCUUCCGCCACCGCAUUCGCCACCAUGCCUAGUGCUUUCAGCAGCACUCCAAUGCGCACACACACAGCUAGCAGCAGCACUCCCAUAUACAUGCCUGCGGCCAGCAGCAGCAGGGGGGGAGGAAGGGAGGAGAACAGCAAGGGGGGAGCAAGGGAGGAGAGAAGUGGCAGGGCGGCUGCGGAGGAGGCGGCAAUCAAUGCGGAGAUUCAGCAGCUGGGAGAUUUCUUCCAUGCUGACGUGUCAGCCAUCCUGCAGGUGGCUCGCAACCAAGCAGAGAAGUUGCCGUCGAGCAUACGGGACCUUCUGCAGCAGCUGAAUUAUAACCGCUUCUACGGAUGA